UCGAUAGUGUCUAUGAUGAUGAAAUGAUAUCGAUAUGUGAUGAAGUUUCGAAUAAUAAUUUGUUCAAUAGCUCCGAUGAUGAUGAAAUGAUAUCGAUAUGUGAUGAAGUUUCGAAUAAUAAUUUGUUCAAUAGCUCCGAUGAUGAUGAAAUGAUUGCAAUAUGUGAUGAAGUUUCGAAUAAUAAUUUGUUCAAUAGCUCCGAUGAUGAUGAAAUGAUAUCGAUAUGUGAUGAAGUUUCGAAUAAUAAUUUGUUCAAUAGCUCCGAUGAUGAUGAAAUGAUUGCAAUAUGUGAUGAAGUUUCGAAUAAUAAUUUGUUCAAUAGCUCCGAUGAUGAUGAAAUGAUUGCAAUAUGUGACGAAAUAUUUAGGGAAUCAAACUUACAAACUGGAGGUGGACUUAAAAGGAAAGCGGAGGUUAACAUUCACAGUGGAAAUACAAAGAAGCUCCGAUCUACCUCACCAGAAGCGUCAACUUCAAGAAAUGAAGGGCAAAUGGUGAUGAAGAAGUGGACCAAUAUGAAAGAUAGCUGGAUAAAAUAUGACAAAAAAAUUAAUGAAUGUAAGUCUGGUUCUUCAGCAAAAAAAAUAAGAAAAUAUAUGUUCUAUGAUGAAAUGAUGUUCCUAAAAAAAAAUGUUGAGCAUCGCAAGACCGAUUCUAACAUGACUGAACAUGUUCAUGAUUCUAGCCUCAGUAAUGAAAAUUUUGAUAGUGCAGUCCCGAAUCAAUCAAGCUCGGGAUACACUGAACGGAGUGAGACGCAAAGGGCUAAAAAAAAAAGAAAAAAUGAACUAAGUGAAGUUGACAUUAGGUUUAUGAAGUUUAUGGAUUCAGCAGAACGAGAUGAGAAAAAGAAAAGCCGUAGUAUGAACUUUUUUAUGGGAAUCGCUGAUACAGUUGACAAGUUCAGUGAUGAAAAUAUGAUAGACUUUCAGUUUCAAGUAAUUUCAAUAAUUAAAAAUAUUCAACAAAGACAGUGUACUCAGUAUAUACCUACAUCAAGAAACCAAUGGGAUCAAGGCCAUCAAGGAUAUUUAAGUGGUACAGCAUCCUCAAAUGCGCAAUCGUCAACAUAUGGAUAUUCUACAGCUGCUAGAUCGAGCUAUGGAAUAAGUCGUCCACAGACGUCUUCUCAUGAUUUUGGACACGGUUCUGGUUUAGAGCCAAUCCACUACCGACCCGAAUCACAAUUAUCUGUACAUAGUGUAAAUGCGGAAAGUAUCUCGGCAGAUUCUCAAGUUUCUAUUGAAGACGAAUUCGAUUUUAGUACCGCACUUGAGUAGCAUUUUCAGCGUAGUGUAUUUUUUGAUUUACUUGUUCUUAAAUUAAUAAGCAAAGCAAACAUCU